CCCUCGGAGGGGAGGCUGCAGAGAGCGGGCAGGAGGACUACUUCCCAGCACCCCAGCCUCCUGCCAUGUCUGACCCCAUCACAUUGAACGUUGGGGGGAAGCUCUACACAACCUCACUGGCAACCCUGACCAGUUUCCCUGACUCUAUGCUGGGCGCCAUGUUCAGUGGGAAGAUGCCCACCAAGAGGGACAGCCAGGGCAACUGCUUCAUUGACCGGGACGGCAAAGUGUUCCGCUACAUCCUCAACUUCCUGCGGACCUCCCACCUGGACCUUCCAGAGGACUUCCAGGAGAUGGGCCUGCUCCGCAGGGAGGCCGACUUCUACCAGGUGCAGCCCCUGAUUGAAGCACUGCAGGAGAAGGAGGUGGAGCUCUCCAAGGCCGAGAAGAACGCCAUGCUCAACAUCACACUGAACCAGCGCGUGCAGACCGUCCACUUCACUGUGCGCGAGGCUCCCCAGAUCUACAGCCUGUCCUCUUCCAGCAUGGAGGUCUUCAAUGCCAACAUCUUCAGCACCUCUUGCCUCUUCCUCAAGCUCCUCGGCUCCAAGCUCUUCUACUGCUCCAAUGGCAAUCUCUCCUCCAUCACCAGCCACUUGCAGGACCCCAACCACCUGACUCUGGACUGGGUGGCCAAUGUAGAGGGCCUGCCAGAGGAGGAGUACACCAAGCAGAACCUCAAGCGGCUCUGGGUGGUGCCCGCCAACAAGCAGAUCAACAGCUUCCAGGUGUUCGUGGAGGAGGUGCUGAAAAUCGCUCUGAGCGAUGGCUUCUGCAUCGACUCUUCUCACCCACACGCUCUGGAUUUUAUGAACAAUAAGAUUAUUCGAUUAAUCAGGUACAGGUAAAAGGACCCCAGCAACAUUGGAGGGGGGGUCCCAAGAAGCUCCAGGUCAGCCAAGGUCUUGGAGAGUGUCUCGCCACUGGUGCGAGGCAGGGCACUGUACUAAUCUGUAUUAAUUGUGUAGUAGGACUUGAUUCCCCCAUGAUGAAGUCCACCUUUUGGAAUCCACAUGUCAUCUGAACAGACCACCUUUUUUCUUGCCAUUUGAGCUGGAGACGGGCAGUUUAUUAUGACAAGUGAAGAGUCAGCUGGUUUGUACUAAAGGAGGCCACAGGAGGACUUUCUGGCCAUUUUUUCAUGGGCUCCAUCUCUCUUUGUACCACUAGCCAGUGCCUCACUUACCCAUAGAAAGGGCCCCUGAUGGAGGGGAUGGGGUGAUAACAAGAGGCUCCCUUUAGUUUCCCAAGACAUAAAGUUCCCAGUGGUUCCCAUCACACCUGUUUUUCCUUCCCCAGGAUGCAUCCAGUACCUUGAACAUGUUUGCCCGGGGGUGACAUGUCUGGCUGGCUUGGAAUGCAAUGAGUUCUCCGAGCCGUUAGUUUCCCCACUGGGGGAGAGAGUUGAGCUGUGGCAUGGCCUAGAGAAGUGAUCAUCAGGCAGGGUUCAGAUGGUGGGGAUGUCCCUCUUGACGGGGCCAAAUCUAGGUAUUUCUGGCUUCAGAAAUGGGCUGCUGGGCCUGUGAAGAAAUGAAAGUAUCUGGAGCUAAUAUAAUGGAAGGCUCUUGAUAAUCCAGGCUAUUGCCUGACUUUUGUAAUCCUUUACCCCAAAAUUUGAGGUCUCAUUGAAACAGGUCAUCUUAAGCAAAUGUAUUAUGGACUUUCAGGGUUGGAAAAUAAUUCACUGAUUGCUUAGUCCUUCCCCACCCCCAGCACACCCCAGCAUAUGCGAAGAUAGGCACUUCUCCCCAAGUACCUGCAAAUGAUCACCUGUGCCUGCUUGUAUACCUCUAACGAUAGGAAGCUCACCUGCCAUGGCUGGACAGUGCUGGCUGUUAGAAAUUUUGUCCUUAGAUUGUGCCAAAAUCUGUCCUGCCACUUUCAUGUGCUGGAUAUUGGUUGCAAACCCUCCUUCUCACCCAAAUGUGUAUUUUCGGUUUCAAAGUAGUCACCCUGAGAGGCCAAACACUUAUUCUGAAAAUAGUAUUACUCAGAAUUCGGAUUUCCCUUUGGGACCAGUCUUCAGAACCAAAGUUAGCUCCCUUCGGUCCCCUGUAAGUCAAUCCCCUUUUGUUAGAGCUUCAUCUCGUUCAUGACCCCACUUCAUCCACUUUCCCCACCAGCCAUGGUUCCACAUGCCUUUUGUCCGUUUUCUUUUGGGAGACUCGUCACCCCUGAGGAGAUGCAGAGGAAGGAGACAGGGUCUCUGAGGACAGUGUGCAGCAAGGAGCCCAGGAGUGGUCUGAACCAUAACACUGCCCUUGCAGUGGGUGUCCAGCCCCAAGACAUGCUCUCAAGGAGGCAGCCUUCCCCUGAAGUACUGUGUCUGGUCAUAACUAGCCCGUGGGUCUCCUUGGGGUCCAAUUCAGGACAAGAAGCCCCAUGCCACUCUUUCCCAGCAGGUGAUGAGCUCUGCAGGCCUCAAAACUGUACACUAUGAUUCAUCCCUGGAGUGAGCGUGGGCUUGAGAGUCCCAGAGUCCUCCCCACCGCACAGGGGCCCUCAGACAAAGACAGGGAAGCCUGGCGACAGGGCAUCCACAGGAGGUGGACCUAGGAAGGGUCAUCCCAUCAUUAUACUCUGAGUAGGGAGCUUGUGCACCAGGCCAUGGGCAGUGCCGGGUCCCUUAGGCAAUAAAGGCCUUUCUCCCCUACAGUGGGACCCUGGGAGUCUCUGUGACAGCUGUCCCAGGCCACCAGGCUGAUGGUACUUGGGAGAGCCCUCCAAGGAAAAUGCAGUUUAGACCAAG